AUGAAUGAACCAGACCAUGGAACAUCCUUUACAACUCAUAGGAUUAAUGGUGUGGAAAACCUGGUGAUUCCCAUGGGAAAUGGUCUUUGCAGCCGGAAGUAUAAACCUGUUGACUACAAACAUCUUUAUGAACUCACUGCUGCUGAAAAAAAGGCAUCUGAAAAAAUUCAAUUAAAGAUUAAAAAAACAGAGCAAGAUUCAAAAAUUAGCAAAGAGCAAAUGCUGUUGAAACAGCAUCGACAAGUGUGGUGGCAAGAGCAUAAAAGGCUGAGUGAGAACAGGCAAAAAGCAGAAGCAGAAAUAAAGACUUUUCUUGAUGAAGAAAGCCAUAAACAUGACUUCUUUUUGGAUAUGAGAGACUUGGAGCAAAAAUUAUCAAAGGAACAAGACAGAUACCAAACAGACACCAUAGUUCCUAUCUGGCAACUACAAGAGAAUUUGAAAUUCAAGCUGUCUGAAAUGCAGCAUUACCUCUCAGAACAAUCUUGUCUGAAGUCCAAGUUCAAUCCAGUUGAGAUGUUACAGCAGAUUAAAUUUGUGAAGAAGCAGCAGAAGGCAAAUUUGGAAUCCCUUAUCCUUGAAAGUCUUACUUUGGAAAGAGAGCUUGAAGACUAUAAAACAAAAGCAUUAGCACAUUCCUUUGAAGAGAAACAGGAAAUUUUCCUUGAAGUUCCUCCAGCACUACUGUCUUUGGAAUGCCCCUACCCUGAUUUGAAGAACUUAGUUAUCAAUGAAUACCAAAAGCUUGCAAGUGGGUACUGGUCUAAGUUUCAAGAGAUUGACCAGCAGUUAACAGUUUUCUCUAGGGAUGCUGAGUGGACAGAAGAAGAUCGGUGGGUUUUUCAGACUGUUAUCCAUCAAUAUUCAAGAGAUCUUCAGAGGAGGAGAACCUUGUACCUCGAUGCCCUGCAGAGAUACCUUCCUCACAAAUCUAGGCAAGAGCUGGUUGCCCAUGAGAAAGCUUGGCACCGUUGCUGUCUCUUCCGGGCUCAGAGCAGGGCCCUGCUGUGUGGCUGGGCUCAGGCCAGGAAGGCCUUUGUGCUGCAGGCGGCGGCGGCUGUUGCUGAAGCCUCCGCUGCUCACGAGGCACAGCUGGAGCUGGCUGACACCAGGCAAAGGCAGCAGGACAUCUGUGCCCACCUAAAAGCAAAGGUUGCGCAGUGGAAAGCACAGCAGAAAGAGGCUGCUGAACUGGAAGCUGCUGCAGCUGCCAGAAGAAAAGAAGAGAAGGAUGAGAAAGAGAGGCUACAGAAAGAGCAGGAAGCGAUUCGUAGAGCUCAGGAGAAAGAGAAAGUGAAGCAGUACUGGGCUGAGAAGCAGCUCAAGUGGCAAGAACAGGAAGAGGAAGAUCUGCGACGUCUGGAGGAAUUAAGAAGAUUAUUGGCUGAACAAGCAGUUAAAGACAGAGAGAGGGUGAAGUUCAGACAAGCAGUACUAGAAAAACGGUUGCUGGAGAAAAAGGAACAGGCCCUUCGAGCAGCCCGUGAGGAAGAGGAGAAGGAGAAAUGCCUUGAAGCCCUCCGACAGCAGGUUGCUGUGGUUGCAAAGUCCGAUCCCGCUCGAGUAGUGGCUGAUACGGUGGCAUCUAAAGCUCGGAUGGGUGUUGGAGCCAAAGAAGAUUUUGAUCUUCAGAAGCCACUGUUUAAGUUGCACACAUACAAUGAACAGCAGAUCAUUUCUGACCCUCGACUUCGUGUUGAGCUAGCUCUUCGAGAAGCUGGACUUCUUGAAUCACUUUAUGCAAAAGAGGUUUUACCAAAGAUCCCUCCACUGAAGCUUCCAAGAAGAGAUAUGGAAUCUACAGGUUUUAAAAUGUAG